AGCCAAAAGUUGAAUGUAAUCCGCCAACCAAAUCAUAAAGAAGAAGAAGCGACUCAUCAGUAGCAGCUUGCUAAAAAAAAAAAGUUUAAAGUAUCCAGACACGUCCUGUGGAUGUUAGGCAAUAUGUUUUAAAUACACGUAUAUUUACACCUUAGUACCGCUAUUCGGUUUUAUUUCACAUCCAGUUAGGUACGACGUUGAUUGUCUGCUGCUGACGUUAUAGAUAACGUUAGAUGGCUACGUCCGUUUCGAUAGCACCAGUGGCUGAAGCUAGCUAGUUAACUUUUCACCAACACGCUUUCCAGAAAUGAACAAACGGCUUGUAACAAUUUAUAUAUUAAGUUAAAGGAUUCAUUUUACUUCGGUGAGUAAAGAACCGUUAGUGUCUCCAUAGUGCUGUGCUCUUUCGUCAAACCAGCUAGCUACUAUAGUUAUCUUCGUUGGUAUAUUGACCUAGCUAGUUUAUUAACUAACAUUCCCAACAAUGAGCUCACUAAGUUACUACCCCCUUGUUAAAGAAGAGGAGGUCUGCUGGACGGAGAAAGAGGGUAUGUUGGUGAACAGUGUCGAGGAAGUUAUUACAGUGAAGGAGGAGGAUGAAGAAGAGGAUGCCGUAUUUGGAGAGGAGAAGGAGGCUGCCACAGUGAAAGAAGAGGAGGAAGAAGCUUUCCGAAUGGAAAAGGAGGAAGAGGAGGCUAUCACAUUAAAAGAAGAAGAGGAGGAUGUUAUAGUGAAAGAAGAGGAAGAACAUUUUGGAGAGGAAGAGCAGAAUAUCUCAGAAGAGGAAGACGUUUUAGGAGUGAAAGAGGAGGUGGUGACUGAAGAUCUGAUUAACACCAGAGAGAGACCAGACUCUCACUCUGACAGUGGGAAGAGCCCUUCAGAGGAACCAGACCCAGAGACAUCCAAACCAGCAAGACAACACCACUACUGCCACUGUGGAAAAAGUUUUUGGUGGUUAGGGCACUUUAGAGACCAUAAGAGAAUGCACAUAGGGGAGAAGCCUUACCAAUGCUCCCAGUGUGAAAAAAGUUUUAGCCACUCAUGGAGCCUGAAAUUGCAUAAUAGAAUACACACAGGAGAGAAGCCUUUCCACUGCUCCCUGUGUGGAAACAGUUUUACACACUUAAGGGCCCUGAAAAUACAUGAAAGAACACACACAGGAGAUAAGCCUCAUCACUGCUCCCAGUGUGGAAAGAGUUUUACGCUGUUAGGGAGCCUGAAACGACAUGAGAGAAUACACUCAGGAGAAAAGCCUCACCACUGCUCUCAGUGUGGAAAGAGUUUCAGCUGGUUAACAAGCCUGAAAAUACACGAGAAAACACAUACAGGGGAGAAGCCUUUCCACUGCUCCCAGUGUGGAAAGAGAUUUUCCCAGUUAGGGGACCUAAAAGGACAUAAGAGAACGCACACUGGAGAGAAGCCUUACCACUGCUCACAGUGUGGAAAGAGAUUCACCCGGUCAGGAAACCUGCAAAAUCAUGAGCUAACACACUCUGUAUAUAAGCCUUAUCACUGCUCCCAGUGUGAAAAAACGUUUUUUUCAUCAAAUGCCCUAAAACAACAUGAGUUAACACACGCUGAAGAGAAACCUUUCCACUGUUCCCAGUGUGGUAAGAGAUUUUUCUUAUCAGGGCACCUGAAAAGACAUGAGCUAACACACUCGGUGGAGAAGCCUUUCCACUGUUCUCAUUGUGAAAAGAGUUUUAAGAGUUUAUGGAACAUGAAAGUGCAUCAAAAAACACACACAAAGGAGAAGCCUUCCACUGCUCCCACUGUGGGAUGAAAUGUACAUGGUUUCAACAAUUGAAAGAGCAUGAAAGAAUCAACAGCUGAGAGAAGUUAUCAGUGGUCCCAGAGUGGGAAGGGAUAUAGUACAACACAUGGGGUUAGAGAAGUUAUCAGAGUGGGAAGGGAUAUAGUACAACACAUGGGGUUAGAGAAGUUAUCAGAGUGGGAAGGGAUAUAGUACAACACAUGGGGUUAGAGAAGUUAUCAUAGGUCCCAGAGUGGGAAGGGAUAUAGUACAACACAUGGGGUUAGAGAAGUUAUCAGAGUGGGAAAGGAUAUAGUACAACACAUGGGGUUAGAGAAGUUAUCAGAGUGGGAAGGGAUAUAGUACAACACAUGGGGUUAGAGAAGUUAUCAGAGGUCCCAGAGUGGGAAGGGAUAUAGUACAACACAUGGUGUUAGAGAAGUUAUCAGUGGUACCAGAGUGGGGAGGGAUAUAGUACAACACAUGGGGUUAGAGAAGUUAUCAGAGUGGGAAGGGAUAUAGUACAACACAUGGUGUUAGAGCCUUUUGUAAAAGAAAAUCUAUUGAAGAUAGUUUGGUUUAUUUAUUGUGUAUAAAAAAUGUUAUGAAAAGUAUUAUUUAGGUGGAAUAUCCCUUAUUACUUUGUUCCUAGAAUUGUAUUUAAAGGGUUACAUCUAAGAUGACGUGAGGGAACAUUUAUUUGAACAGGUGUAUGUAGUCGGCUAGGUAGAUGCCGAAUUAAGAUCGUUUUCAACCAUUCUUUUACCAUUAUUUAUACCAUUAUAUUUAAUAGUUUUUACCUUUUAUAAUUUGUUUUACUUUUUACUAUCCAUAUUAAUUGGAGCCUGUCUAUACAUACUGGAAAAUAACAUUUCUGUCACCCCUCAUCACCAGUGGUGUAAAGUUCUUAAGGAAAAGUACUUUAAAGUACUAUUUAAGAAGUUUUUUGGGGUAUCUUUACUAUUUUUGAAAACUUUUAUUUGACUACAUUGCUAAAGAAAAUAAUGUACCUUUUCAAACUGUGUGACAAACCUGAACUUUCUUUUUGUGAAAUGAAGCCUACAAUAAAUAGGAUUUUGUUGAGCACAAUGUUGGGCCACUACACAUGUCCACUAGGGUACACAUGUCCACUAGGGUACACAUGACUACUAGGGUACACAUGUCCACUAGGGUACACAUGUCCACUAGGGUACACAUGGCUACUAGGGUCACUAGGGUACACAUGUCCACUAGGGUACACAUGGCCACUAGGGUACACAUGUCCACUAGGGUACACAUGUCCACUAGGGUACACAUGGCUACUAGGGCUACUAGGGUACACAUGGCUACUAGGGUACACAUGGCCACUAGGGUACACAUGGCUAUUAGGGUACACAUGUCCACUGGGGUACACAUGGCUACUAGGGUACACAUGGCCACUAGGGUACACAUGGCUACUAGGGUACACAUGGCUACUAGGGUACACAUGGCCACUAGGGUACACAUGGCCACUAGGGUACACAUGGCCACUAGGGUACACAUGGCUACCAGGGUCACUAGGGUACAUGUCCACUCAGGUACACAUGGCCACUAGGGUACACAUGGCUACUAGGGUCACUAGGGUACACAUGGCCACUGGGGUACACAUGGCCACUAGGGUACACAUGGCCACUAGGGUACACAUGGCCACUAGGGUCACUAGGUACACAUGUCCACUGGGGUACACAUUGCCACUAGGGUACACAUGGCUACUAGGGUACACAUGGCUACUAGGGUACACAUGGCCACUAGGGUACACAUGGCUACUAGGGUACACAUGGCCACUAGGGUACACAUGGCUAUUAGGGUACACAUGUCCACUGGGGUACACAUGGCUACUAGGGUACACAUGGCCACUAGGGUACACAUGGCUACUAGGGUACACAUGGCUACUAGGGUACACAUGGCCACUAGGGUACACAUGGCCACUAGGGUACACAUGGCCACUAGGGUACACAUGGCCACUAGGGUACACAUGGCUACUAGGGUACACAUGUCCACUGGGGUACACAUGGCUACUAGGGUACACAUGGCCACUGGGGUACACAUGUCCACUGACUAGAUAGACUGCAUGCACAGAUACUGUCCUGACUAGAUAGACUGCAUGUACAGAGACUGUCCUGACUAGAUAGACUGCAUGCACAGAGACUGGCCUGACUAGAUAGACUCGUUUUUCAUGCACCUUGAUGUUGUUGAAAUACUGCAUUAAAGACAUUAGAUGUAAAAUUGCGCAACUAAAAUCUUCUCUGCAAAAAACGUCUAAAUUAUUUACAGAUUUCUUGAUUUAACUAAUGAAUUGAUUCAUUCUGACUAUUUUGGAAGUGCAGUUGUUCUUUUUUAUAGGGUUAAAUCUAAGAUGGUGUGAGGGAUCUUUGAUUUGAACAGGUGUACAGUGCAUUUGCUAAAAGACUCUGAGAUCAUGAGAAACAAGAUUCUCUUGUCUGAUGAUGAAUGCCAAGCGUCAUGCCUGGAGGAAACCUGGCACCAUCCCUUCGGGGAGUGGGAUAUUGUGAUGUCAUAAUGGGGUAUUGUGAUGUCAUAAUGGGAUAUUGUGUGAGUAGGUUGAUGAGGAAAAACAGUUUAAUCCAUUUUAGAAUAAGGUUGUAACGUAACAAAAUGUGGAAAAAGUCAAGGGGUCUGAAUACUUUCUGAAUGCACUGUAUGUAGCCUGCUAGAUAGAUGCCGAGUUAAGAAAUGCUUGUACCUUUUUACCAUCCAUAUCAACUGGAACCCGUCUAUGCAUACUGGAAACCAUUACCUGGACGUUCUUUAAAAGAAGGGGUUAUUUUUAGAAUGUUGGGACAUUGUUUGAAGCCACAUCACAUGAACGUUUAUCAGGAAACACACACAAUGCUCCCAUUGGCUGAUAUCUUUGACUGAGAACACACACAAUGCUCCCAUUGGCUGAUAUCUUUGACUGAGAAAACACAAUGCUCCCAUUGGCUGAUAUCUUUGACUGAGAACACACACAAUGCUCCCAUUGGCUGAUAUCUUUGACUGAGAAAACACAAUGCUCCCAUUGGCUGAUAUCUUUGACUGAGAAUUGGUUUGUGUUUAGUAAAUCAAAUUGUACAAAGUGUACUCAAAAACACAAUCUGUAUGCUUUUGUUCAUUUUAAAACAUGAAUUGAACAUGGUGUGGGUAAUUUAGUUUGAUUUGUGUUCGUUUAAAUGAAGUGUCAGUUUAUCUUAAGUUUUGUCUAAAAAAAACACCUAUUUUGAUCAA